AUGUGUGAAGAGGAAUGUAAAAUAGUUGAAAAACAAGCCACCAUAAACAUCGGAACAAUAGGGCAUGUGGCUCAUGGAAAAACAACCAUCGUACAGUGCAUCAGUGGGAUAAGCACAAUAAAAUACAAGGCAGAAUUAGAACGUAACAUUACAAUAAAAUUGGGAUAUGCAAAUGCAAAGAUAUAUGAGUGUGAGUGUCCAAGACCCCAAAAAUACUCAAGCGUGGCAGGCAAAUGCGGAACCUGUUCGACCCAAAGAAAAUUAGUACGACAUGUCAGCUUUGUUGACUGUCCAGGACACGAUGUCUUGAUGGCAACAAUGCUCACCGGAACAGCGAUCAUGGAUGCAGCGCUUCUUCUUGUUGCUGCUAAUGAGCCAUGCCCUCAAUCGCAGACUACAGAGCAUCUCUUUGCCGUUGAGGUAAUGAAUCUUAAGAAAAUAGUUGUUAUCCAGAAUAAGAUAGAUUUAGUUACGAAGGAGCAAGCCAUCGAACAGUAUGGCCAAAUAAAAGAAUUUCUUAAGACAUCACAGGUGGAGGGGCCAAUCGUGCCUGUUUCUGGGCAACUGAAUAUUAAUAUCGAUGCCGUUCUUGAUUAUAUUGUCAAUUAUAUUGAGGUACCUAAAAGAGAUAGAAAUGAGAAGGCAAAGAUGAUUAUCAUACGGUCAUUUGAUGUUAACAAGCCAGGUACAAAGAUAGAAGAUUUGAAUGGUGGCGUCAUUGGCGGAUCACUGGUUUCAGGAAUGCUGGGAAUAGGAGAUGAGAUAGAAAUUCGACCAGGACACUACUACAAAGACGGUGACGAGUUUGUGUGUAAGCCUUUUGUAACGAAUAUUACUAGUCUUAAAGCAGAGAAAACAGCACUAGACAAGGCCUAUCCAGGAGGGCUGAUUGGGGUUGGCACAAAUCUCGACCCAAGCUUCUGCAAGUCGGAUAGGAUUGUUGGCAUGGUGAUGGGUCUGAAGGGCACACUUCCGCCUGUCUACAGUGUGAUAACAGUUAGAUGCACACUAUUCCAGAAGACGGUGUCAGGCUCGAAGGAAAACCUGAAGGUAGACGAGUCUAUUUUGCUGAACAUUGGCAGCACAACGACUGGGUGUAAAUUAAUAGAGCUUCAAGAUGAAUCUGUUGCAGUUUUUGAUCUUUUAAAGCCGUGCUGCUGUGAGCAUGGCGAAAAGAUUGCAAUUUCUAGGAAAAUCAAAAAUAACUGGAGAUUGAUAGGAUAUGGAACAAUCUGUGAAGGAAAAGAAGUUAGACCAAGAUAUGAUUAA